AUGUCAGGCCGAUUGCUGGAUGGAGAAGACUCAACCUCGGAAUCAGUCGAGGAGGAGAGCAGUAAGUUCGAUGCCAGCAGUGGUACCGAGGAGGCUCCUCAGAAAGUAGACAGAGAAUAUGAAAAGGCUUUGGCACGAAGUGAAAGUCGAGCAAUUUUUCGCUUAAAGAUCGUUCUGCUCUUUGUCUUGAUAAGUGUGGCCGUUGCAGUCGCAGUCUACGCCCAUAAAUAUGCGGCGGAUGUGCAGGAAGAGGAAUUCUACAAUACUUUCCAAUCGCAUGGCACCAAAUUGGUCAGCGGAUUCUAUGAAGACUCCUUUCAGAAACUGCAAGCCAUGGAGAGUCUAUCAUCUUCUGUCACCUAUCUCUUUCGCGACGAGACCUGGCCGUUUGUCACUAUCCCGGAUAGCGCCAAUUUCUUCCGACCGUUUCUGGCCUUGUCCAGCGCCGCAUCCAUAAGAUUUCUUCCAAUUGUGGGUGAUCGUCAACGAUUGCAAUGGGAAGAGCAUGUAUUGAAUCAACAACAUUGGAUUCAAGAUGCAGUUGUGGAAGAUCGCUCGCCAACAGCUACACCGACGGAUGCACCAUCCUCUCUUCCGAGUAUCGCCACAUCCUCUCAGCCGACGACCAGCACUUCGACUGAACCGACAUCAAUGACCAACUCGUCCCUGCCACCAUCAGGAGAACCAAAACCAACAUCAGAUCUUCUCCCUACGACUGAUAACAACACAAACAGGAGACGAAGAACUCAGUACUUUGAGCUUGACGAGACGAUUCGAAUUUCGCCCUACAUCAAGAGCCAUGUGGGAGUCGACACAUCACCAGGAGUCUGGACACCCGUUUGGCAAUACUCGCCGGUGGUGGUCGACAACAACUACUACAUCAAUUUCAAUCAACUGGUGGACGAACAAUUCCAACUGGAUUUUCCAAUCCUGACAGAGAAGAAGAACGCAGUCAUUGCCAGGGCCGAGUCCUAUCAACAAGGGUUGGACUUUCAAUCCACUCGUGAUCUGGAAUUCACUCAAGAAGUAUUGCGCAUUGGUGGGUAUGGCACCUACGAGGCGGGGGAACCAAUCGGAUUCCUCCACUAUCCCGUGUUUCAGAGCUCGUCAUCUCGAGACAAGGUGGUAGCCAUCCUCACCGCGACUGUUUAUUGGAAGUCGUACUUUCAGAAUAUUUUACCCGAAACAGCUCAAGGUAUCAUUUGUGUGGUCGAGAACGAAGACCAACAGUUUACCUACAAGAUUGAUGGUAAUGAUGCGACUUUCAUGGGGAAUGCAGAUCUGCACGAUCCGCGAUAUGAUGAAUUUGAAAUUGCCGCAGAAUACAAAGCGUUUCAGGAUUCUGACGGUGGGGAAGAUUCCACCUUCAAUCGCAUCUAUACUGGCGUCCCGGUCGAUGAAAGUCGACUGAAUUACAGGAUUCGAGUGUACCCUAGCCAAGAGAUGGCCGAUCUGUUUUUGACAGACGAGCCCGUCGUAUAUGCAAUCGUUGUAGCUGGUGUGAUGCUUGUCGCGGUAUUGGUUUUCGGCGUAUACGAUUGGUACGUUGAAAUGCGACAGAGGAAGGUCAGGACGGUGGCACUCCAAAGCAAUGCAAUAGUUAGCUCUCUUUUUCCAAAACAAGUCAAGGACAAACUUUAUGGAGACAAUGAUACGCCCACGAACAGCAAGAAGGAUGCAUUCCGAAGAACUGGUAAGCCCGGGUCUGCGCGGAGUCUGGAAUUUCCAGAACAAUCAUCACCAGGCAAUAACGGUGAACGAAAGGCGGCGCCUAUUGCCGAUUUUUUCCCGUCGGCAACAGUUCUCUUUAUGGACAUUGCAGGUUUUACUGCUUGGAGCUCAUCCAGAGAACCUAGCCAAGUAUUUAUCUUGCUCGAGACGAUGUUUUCAACCUUUGACAAGCUAGCGCUUCGCCGUCGUGUCUUCAAGGUAGAAACCAUUGGAGAUUGCUAUCUGGCAGUAUGUGGAUUGCCAGAGCCUUGUGAAAAACAUGCUUUGAAUAUGGUUGCCUUUGCUCGAGACUGCCUGGAGAAGACAAGCGUUCUGGCCCACCAGCUCAUUCCCACGCUGGGACCCGAGACUGGUGAAUUGACCGUUCGAAUUGGGAUCCAUAGUGGCCCGAUCACGGCUGGAGUAUUGAGAGGAGAUCGGGCCCGCUUUCAGCUCUUUGGGGACACUGUGAACACAUGUUCUAGAAUUGAAAGUACCGGAAAGGCAGGCUGUAUCCAGUGCUCGGAAGAGUGUUCGGAACAACUUCGAGCAUGGGGCAAGGGAAGCUGGCUUCGAAAGCGCGAAGAUAAGAUUCAGGCCAAGGGAAAAGGAGAAAUGCAAACCUAUUGGAUCAUGCCCAAAGGCGCUGCCACGGUGCGUUCAGGAUCUGCGUCAACCGUUUGGAUGGACACAAGCCUUGACGGAAUGGAGGAGGGGAUGAAGGAAAUGAAUGCAGCCAAGUACAUGCUGGACUCGUCCUUACGAGAGUCUGGAAGAGACGAAGAAGAUGAGGAAGCUGAAACCCCGGCGACUCCCCACAUUGAUCUUUAUGCGGACUUUAAUUAUGAUAUUUUGCUAAAGAGUCUAAAGGCAAUCGUCGCCAAACGAAACAUGUCCAAGAAGUCUGCCUCGAAAAGGCUGACACGGACUCUUUCAGGAAUCUGGCAAGGCGAUGCUCCUACUUCUGGGAAUGCCAUUGCUGCAUCUUGCCUGGACGAAGUGGUGGAAUUCAUUGAACUCCCCGGGGAUGGAGACCAACCGAUUGAGGAAUGGGAAAACGCUGCCGUCGAAAUACCAAACAAGGUGAAGGACCAACUCCAAGAAUACUGCCGAAAGAUUGCCUCUAUGUACAAGGAAGACAACCCAUUCCACAACUUUGAACAUGCAAGUCACGUGACUCAAAGCAGUGCCAAGUUAUUGUCUCGGAUCGUUUCGAUCCGCGACAGUGAGACCUUUGGACUGGCGGCGGAUCCCCUGACUCAAUUUGCAGUGAUAUUUUCGUCCAUGAUUCAUGAUGUCGACCAUCGAGGAGUGCCCAACUUUAUUCUGGCCAAGGAAGACCCAAGUAUGGCAGUGCAUUUUCAGCACCAGGCCAUUGCCGAACAAAACAGUGUCGAGCUUGCAUGGGAACUCUUGAUGGAACCUCGAUUUGCCGCUCUAAGGCAUACCAUCUACAUGGAUGGCAUCGAGCAACAGCGGUUUCGCAAUUUGGUAGUCAAUUGUCUAUUGGCCACGGACAUAUUUGACAAGGACUUGAAGGCCAUGCGCGAGAAUCGUUGGCACAAGGCCUUUCAUUUGACGAGUGACGAAGAAGAUUUACGAGUCCAAAGCAACCGCAAAGCCACCAUUGUUAUUGAACACAUCAUUCAAGCGUCCGAUGUGAGCCAUACCAUGCAACAUUGGCAUGUCUACCAAAAGUGGAAUCAACGAUUGUUCAAUGAAAUGUACAAGGCAUUUGUGGAGGGCCGAUCGGAAACUGAUCCCACUGGUGGAUGGUACAAGGGAGAGCUUUGGUUCUUUGACAACUAUGUAAUUCCAUUGGCUAAGAAACUGGAAGAGUGUCAAGUAUUUGGAGUGUCGAGCGACGAAUAUUUGCUGUACGCCAAGGCGAAUCGGGCCGAAUGGAAAAACAAAGGGGAAGAGAUCGUCCAAGGAUAUGCCGACCGGCUGAAGCAGUUGUUGAAAUACCAACACCAAGAAGAAGAAAAGUCGGGCUAA